UUUCUUCUGCUAUAUUUCUAUACAUAGUAUCAGAGCCUUAUCCAUAGCCGUAGUUGGCUUCUGGAUUUUAUUUCAAGAUCGGGUUAGUGGUAGAUUCAACUGGUUUCUCUAUAUGGAUGUAAGCGGCCGUGUUAAUGGACUGGGGAUGGAGUUGUUGAAUCAGUCCAAUUACAAGGUAUGGAAGACAUGUAUGGAGUCAUACCUUAUGAGAGAGGAUUUGUGGGAUGUUGUUAAUGUAGUUACACAAGUCCUCCUAUUGACGGACCGAAAAAUAGCGACGCAUGCAAGAAGUGAAAGCAAAUUAAUGCGAAGGCGGAGUUCAUCCUGAAGAGGUCCAUUUCUCACAACUUGUUUGAUCAUAUUAUUAGGUGCAAAUCAGCUCAUGAGAUAUGGAGGACCCUCGAUCGGCUGUUCAACAAGAAGGAUGAAGCGCGGCUACUGAUCUUGGAGAAUGAAUUGGCUAACACCAUUCAAGGAGCUACUAGCCAAACAGAUGGCUAGUGUGUCUAUCAAAGAAGGGGAAGGAAAUGCUCUUGUAGCUGACAAGAGGAAUUUUAAAGGAAGACAAAAGCGAAGUGGCUCAGGAGAGAUGACACAUUCUCAAUUCCAUGAGGGAUCAAGCUCGUCAAGACAGAAGGAAGAGUCUUCUAAUAAUGGUAAGAAGACUAUUAAAUGUUAUCGAUGUGGUGAAGUACGACACAUAAAAAGAUUUUGCCGAGCCAAGGAAAGCUACAUGGCUCAAACUGAGGGAGCUUCUGAAAAAGAAGAUUGGGGAAGGUGCUUUGUAGCUGAGACUCGAGUAGUAGAUGCCUUGGCUUCUCUCAAUUUUGAAAGAGGCUGGAUCGUGGAUUUAGGAUGUGGGCACCAUCUCACUGAAGAUGAAUCUAAAUUUUUCAACUUCCAAGAAAACAAUGGUUGUGAUGAAGACACUGGUGUCAUCAACAAGAAGCAAGAAAAUUGUAAAGAUGUUCAGACUAGUGACGUGGUAGCUGCUACCGAGGAAAUCAACGAAGCAGAUCCUGAAACUGGUAACAAAAGUGUGGACGUAGAGGGUGUUGAAGUAGAACCGGAGCAUGAAGUUUCUGAAACUAUAUAUGACAAUGGUGACCAUUCCGGAGAAAGCAUUGAGGGAGUUGUAGUGGAAGUUGAAGUCUCUGGUCAAUAA